GAAGUGAAGUGAAGAAGAGGAAAGAUGAGUUCCGUAGGGCAAAGCAUACUCAUGGCUUUAACAGUAACUGUUAACAAAUAUGCUUCCUCCAAUGUUCAAGCUGUACGCAGAAACGAUACAAAGCGCGAUUCUUUAACCACUGAUUUAAGACGCAGAAACAUUAUCUUCUCCUCCUCCUCUUCCUUCCUCGCUGCCGCUUUGACCACCAGCGACCAGCUUCUCCAGAAGUAUUUGAAGAAGAGUGAGGAAAACAAGACCAAGAACGACAAAGAGAGAUUGGACAGUUAUUACAAGAGGAACUAUAAAGACUACUUUGAGUUUGUUGAAGGAUCUACAAAGGGGAAGACAGAAGCAGAGCUCUCUGAGUCUGAGAAACGGAUACUCGAAUGGCUCAAGGCCAACAAAUGAUGGUGAUGAUAAUAAAUGAUAAUGACGAUAAGUUUUUGCUGUCUAUGGAACUCGAAAAGAAACUGUUCAGUAAUUUAUAAAUAUUAGUUAUUUCAUUCAGUGUUUUUUCGAAUUUGUUUCUUCACUUUCUUCUCAAUAAAUCCUAAUUUCGAGAAGCAAAGAAGCAUCAGAAUCCGCUUGUGGAGGACGCACUAACAGAGUCAAGAGAGUGGAGGGGAUUGUCUGUCUUAUUGUUUAAGGAUAAAUCAGCAAUUCGACUUGGCUUGCAUUUACAAAACCUUGUCUUGUCUUCACAAUCUCUCUUACUUGAGCUUCUUAAUCACUCACUUGAGUAU